AUUUGCAUAAAGUGUAAAGUUCCCGUAGCGGUUUCGCCUUACAGCGCCGUGGUUGCAGGGAUCUCCGACAGGAUGAUUAAUUUUCGUUCAAUAUUGAAAAACUGUAGCAAGUUAUGCAGCCUUAGCACACACAGGCAUCAGAGGUGCAUAGCAGUCACCGCUGGUCAGCUACAAGCCGUGCAAGAGCCAGUUUCACGCCCUCAAGCCAAGAUCAAAUGCACUCUCAUUCCUGGUGAUGGUGUUGGGCCAGAGCUUGCUGAUGCUGUCAAAAAGGUCUUUGAGGCCAUCAGUAUUCCUAUUGAGUUUGAAGAACUCUUCUUGAGUGAGAUUCACCAUACCAUUAGUGCACCACUUGAAACUGUGAUAGAGUCUGUGCAGAAGAAUGGCAUUGCACUCAAAGGAAUUUUGUCUUCACCAAACAUCUCGCACACAGGGGAAUUGCAAACAUUGAAUAUGAAGAUCAGAAACCAGCUGGACCUGUUUGCCAAUGUGGUUCAUGUGCGCAGUCUACCGGGGAUCAAAACUCGGCACAAUAAUCUUGACUUUUUUGUUAUUCGGGAACAGACAGAAGGUGAAUACAGCGCUCUUGAACAUGAGAGUGUACACGGAGUGAUAGAAUGUCUUAAGAUUGUCACUGAGACUAAGUCCCGCAAGAUUGCAAAAUUUGCCUUUGACUACGCCACCAAGCAUGGCCGGAAGAAAGUCACAGUGGUACACAAGGCUAACAUAAUGAAACUUGGAGAUGGCCUAUUCUUGCGCUGCUGUCAGGAAAUAUCGGAGCUCUACCCACAGAUUGAGUUUGAGUCCAUGAUCAUUGACAACACGUGCAUGCAGUUGGUGGCCAAUCCUCAUCGGUUUGAUGUGAUGGUAAUGCCCAACCUGUAUGGAAAUAUCAUCGACAACUUGGCUGCUGGCCUUGUCGGUGGUGCAGGUGUAGUUCCUGGAGCCAGCUACAGCUCAGACUGUGUGAUUUAUGAGCCAGGAGCACGACACACAUUUGGAGAGGCCACAGGCAAGAAUAUUGCAAACCCGACAGCUAUGUUUCUGUGUGCUGCACAAAUGCUACGCCAUGUGAACCUUCAUUACUAUGCUACUCUUGUAAAGGAUGCUGUGGAGAAGGUCAUCAAGAGUGGCAAGGUUCGUACUCGAGACCUUGGUGGCUACGCCAGCACAACCGACUUUACUGCUGCGGUCAUCCAGAAUCUCCCACACUAGGAACAUGCAAGUGGUCACACCGCUAGCAUUUGUGCUGUAUAGUUUCCAGUAUAGUGCUGUUCGUUCUUUGUCAAUACUGAGACGCACACAUGCUCUUAAAAAGGACUUUUAAUUGAGCUUCAUGCCACAACAUGACUCUUUGAGUGCAGUCAGUUGCAGGUUGUGGCACGACACCAAAAUAAGGUUCUUUGCACUCAUUUAGGUGAAUUUUAGGUAAUUUAAGGAGAUUAUUACAUUAGCGGCUUAUGGGUAUUCCUGUGAGAUUUUGGCAGUCAAGGAACUGAGAAACCACAGUGAAGCUUUCUGGCAGGUGCAGCCUAUUCCUAUUCCAUUCCCCUAGAAGGGCUCAAAUUGUUGUCUAAGGGAACUAGUCUGCAAUGUUUUGACAGAGCCUGCUUGCCCUUGGGAGAAGUAGUGAUAGUGCGUUUGCAGGUUAGCAACAGUGUUGUGAUGUGCUACACAGGAGACCAGGCUGCUUUCGCAUUCUUUUAUCCUCUCACUGCAUUUUGUGCUGAAUAAAAUUAUCUCCCAUUCA